AUGGCAAAUUCCAAAUUUGAAUAUGUUCGAAAUUUUGAGCAGCCAGACUCCCUCAUGCCCAAUACUUGGGUCGUAGUGCGCAUCGAUGGGAGGGGAUUUACCAAAAUGUGCGCCAAAUAUGAAUUCGAAAAGCCAAAUGACAAGAGAGCGCUGGAUCUUAUGAAUGCAGCGGCUAUGGCGGUUGUGACUGAUUUACCAGAAAUCACCAUAUCUUACGGAGUCAGCGACGAAUACAGCUUCGUCUUUCAUAAGUCAUGCAACCUCUUCGAGAGGAGAGCAAGCAAACUUGUGAGCACAGUUGUUUCUACGUUUACGGCAAACUAUGUCUAUCUCUGGUCGACAUACUUUCCGGACACCCCUCUCUCGUUUCCUCUUCCGACAUUUGAUGGUCGAGCUGUCUGCUAUCCAACGGUGCAGAAUCUGCGUGACUACAUGAGUUGGAGACAGGCUGAUUGCCACAUCAACAACUUAUACAAUACAGCCUUCUGGAAACUAAUACAGCUGGGGGGGCUUGAUAACAAAGAGGCAGAGAAAACACUUGCUGGGACACUGGCUGCUGAUAAGAAUGAAAUACUUUUCUCACGCUUCAAGAUCAACUACAAUAAUGAACCAGAGAUGUUCAAAAAGGGAAGCAUAAUAUUCAGAGAUUAUGAAUUGGUCGAUCCUGGCAGUCAUAAUGAAGCUGCUGCAGCAGAUGCCCUUGCGGAGCCAGCAGUGCAGUCAAAGUCACAAGCGGAAAAGGAUAAGAAGCGCAGAGCCAAGGCAAAAGUGGUCGUGGAACACUUGGAUAUCAUCAGGGACGAAUUUUGGGACAAGCGGCCUUGGAUUCUAUCUGGCAAGCCUGGCCGACCAGCCAAUCCAUCCAAAGAAAUACAAACUUGAAACGCACUCUAUUUGGGUAUCCCUUGCGUUUGAGAGAAAAAAAGAAGAAGCCAAACUCCCUGCUAAUGCGCCGUAUAUGAAUCCUCCAUUCCAGUAUCCUUAUUAGAUUUUCUCCUUUUUUAAUUCUUUCCGCUUGCGCUUUUCUUCCUUCUGCACACGUCUAAGGAGUUUCUCUUCUUUUCCACUACUGCCAGAAUCAGACGUGUCUUUCUUCGCCCCGGCUCUCUUUAACCUUCUUUCAGCCUUGGCCGCUCUUCUCAGAGCUCUAGCCUCUUUUCGCUUCCUUUUCUCUUCUUUUCGAACUCUCUUCUCCUCUUUGGUCUCCUUGGAUUUUGUAGCUUUCGCCUCUGUCUUCUUAUCGUCGCUCUUCUCCGAAUCGCUGCUUGUCGAGUCGUCUGUCGUCUCUACACUGAGUGUUCCAUCGAGAAACCCGCCUCGUACAAAUGAAGCGUAAACCGAGUAUUUUGACACGUUCCCGUGAUCUAGCGCGUUGAGCUUGCCGGUCUUGACGGUUUGCACGACCUGGCCCUUUUUAGAGGUGUCGAGGCCUUUCAACUGCUCGUCAAAGGCGUUCAUCCACCACAUGUCGCUUGUGAAAUGUUUUGUGUUGCCAAGGCCCUUGGUGUUGGCCUUGCGAUUGAGUAAGAGAGGCUUUGCGAGGCCAAUUGAGUCGUCUGUCUUGUGUAGAGAAUGGCCGGUUCCUCGCCAACCCUGGGCGGAAAGAAGCGCGUGCGC